CUGUUUUAAGUCAAUGUCCUCAAGAAUAUUCUCCACCACGUAUAAGCUGUGAAAAAACUCUUAUCAAUUAUGGAAAUUCGGUUCCUCAAUGCAAUGCAUCUACUGAAUGUGUUAAGUUUACUGACACGAAUGGACUUGCUUCCGUUAGUUGUUCAAUUACGGAAGAUAGACUUACGGAAGACGAACUUCCAUGCAUUAAUCAACCUAAUUCCCUAAAAAUUGGUUACUUUUAUAGUAACUUUACUUGUGGUCAAUGUGUCUUUAGCUGCAAUGAAUGUACUUUUACCGAUCGAAGAAGGAUGUACUGUACACAAUGUUCUUAA